AGACUCACUGCCCAAAGCCACAACACACAUUACCUACUCUUCUCUCUCUCACACACUGUUUCCCUCUUGGACUCUGCAAACUUAAUUAGGUUUUGCUUCUCAAAUCUCUCUUCCCAUUUUCCUCAACCACGAACCCACCUCGCAGCGCUACAUUGAAGAAGCAAAGAGGAGGCUGAAAAUAUCUAUUCUGUGAACAAAGUUUUAUUCAUCCUGUGCAUUGGAGUGAUAAGAUUACAUUAUGCAGACCCAAAAGGCAAGAAAUGGAUCUCCAGAUGUUCCUAAGAAGGUGUCUCCUCGAGCUGUUCGGUCACUGAAGAUAGGAUCGCUAGAGUCUGAAUCUUCUUCACCUCCUGUCUCAGCUAAUAACAGAACACCAAAGGAUAAAAGUCCAAAAGUUCUGGAUCGUAGGUCUCCACGAAGCCCUGUCUCUGAGAAGAAGAGGCCGAGUAGAAUAACGGAGCUAGAGUCGCUAGUAUCGCAGCUUCAAGAGGAGCUAAAGAAGGCGAAAGAUCAAGUCUCAGUGUCUGAAACAUCGAAGAAGCAAGCAGAGGAAGAAGCCGAGAAGUCCAGGAAAGAGCUGCAAGAAGUUUCCUCUAAGUUUGAGGAGAACCAGAAUCAGUUUUUGGAAGUUUCAGCCUUGGAAGAAGAAACCGAUAAUACUAAUUCUCUUGUUCAUCAAGGUAUCAUAUCUCAGGAGUGCGAUUUGGAGUUUAGUGCUACCGCUGGUGAAAGAGCAGGAUUGGCUGCUGUUGCUCAUGAGAUCCGACAGCUCAAGCUUCAGAUUGAGAUGGUGGCUUCUUCUGAAGCUGGUCAUGUGAAACAAGCUGAGUUGCAUAACUCGGAGGUACAACUUUUGAGAGGAAACUUGAUGGACACGAUUUUCCUUGUCGAGAGUUUCAGGAACCAACUUACGAACUGUGAGGUAUCAGAAGCUGAGACCGAGGCUAUGGCCACUGAAACUCUUAGGCAAUUGGAGAAUGCGAAAAAGGCAGUAGAAGAACUGAAGUCAGAUGGCACAAAAACGGUUGAGAGUUACAAGAAGAUGGCGGUGGAGCUUCAACAGUCAAAAUCAAGGAUGGUAUGGCUUGAAGCUCUUGUGAAUAAACUUCAGACCAAUUCAGAGGAUUUGGAAAUCCACGAAACCCUGCUUAAAGACUAUGAAAGUUUGAAACUUGGGGAAUCAAAUGAGAGGGAGGAAGAAGUAUCUUCCUUAAGAUGUGAGGUAGAGCGACUGAGAGCGGCUCUAGAAGCUUCUGAUCGAAAAGACCAAGAGGGGAACGUAGAGGCUUCUUCUCGGUUACGGAUACAAGCUGAACUCCAAUCUGAACUAAAGAUAGCNUCAUUUUCUGGUAGUGGAUUUGAUUACAGACGCUACAUUGAAGAAGCAAAGAGGAGGCUGAAAAUAUCUAUUCUAAAUGGAUCUCCAGAUGUUCCUAAGAAGGUGUCUCCUCGAGCUGUUCGGUCACUGAAGAUAGGAUCGCUAGAGUCUGAAUCUUCUUCACCUCCUGUCUCAGCUAAUAACAGAACACCAAAGGAUAAAAGUCCAAAAGUUCUGGAUCGUAGGUCUCCACGAAGCCCUGUCUCUGAGAAGAAGAGGCCGAGUAGAAUAACGGAGCUAGAGUCGCUAGUAUCGCAGCUUCAAGAGGAGCUAAAGAAGGCGAAAGAUCAAGUCUCAGUGUCUGAAACAUCGAAGAAGCAAGCAGAGGAAGAAGCCGAGAAGUCCAGGAAAGAGCUGCAAGAAGUUUCCUCUAAGUUUGAGGAGAACCAGAAUCAGUUUUUGGAAGUUUCAGCCUUGGAAGAAGAAACCGAUAAUACUAAUUCUCUUGUUCAUCAAGGUAUCAUAUCUCAGGAGUGCGAUUUGGAGUUUAGUGCUACCGCUGGUGAAAGAGCAGGAUUGGCUGCUGUUGCUCAUGAGAUCCGACAGCUCAAGCUUCAGAUUGAGAUGGUGGCUUCUUCUGAAGCUGGUCAUGUGAAACAAGCUGAGUUGCAUAACUCGGAGGUACAACUUUUGAGAGGAAACUUGAUGGACACGAUUUUCCUUGUCGAGAGUUUCAGGAACCAACUUACGAACUGUGAGGUAUCAGAAGCUGAGACCGAGGCUAUGGCCACUGAAACUCUUAGGCAAUUGGAGAAUGCGAAAAAGGCAGUAGAAGAACUGAAGUCAGAUGGCACAAAAACGGUUGAGAGUUACAAGAAGAUGGCGGUGGAGCUUCAACAGUCAAAAUCAAGGAUGGUAUGGCUUGAAGCUCUUGUGAAUAAACUUCAGACCAAUUCAGAGGAUUUGGAAAUCCACGAAACCCUGCUUAAAGACUAUGAAAAUGUACAAGAUGCAUUCAUGAAGCUAGGGAUUGCAAUGGAAGAGGCUGACAAGAGUAGCAAGAGAGCAGUUAGAGUCACGGAGCAACUAGAGGCUACUCAAACUUCAAACUCGGAAAUGGAAACAGAACUCAGGAAGCUUAAAGUUCAAUCAAACCAAUGGAGAAAAGCUGCUGAGGCAGCUACCGCCAUGCUGUCUGCUGGAAACAACGGGAACUAUAAUCAAACGAACUCUCCUUACUCUGAGGAUAUCGAUGAUGAGUUGACGAAGAAGAAGAAUGGAAAUGUGCUCAAGAAAAUUGGUGUUUUGUGGAAGAAGCCUCAGAAAUAG